AUGGAUGUGAUAUCGAUCAAGAAUGAUACUGAUAAUUCCAUGAAUAUAAGCAGCAACACUUUCCAAUACUUACCAAAAUUGACAACUAUUCCGGAUCAUGAACUUAACAUUUCCGGAUUAUUCUUUUUAAUUAUUCCAACCAUUACUGUUCUGGGUAAUUCAAUGGUAAUUGUUGCUGUACUACGCUUUAGAACUCUUCAUUCCGCUAUUAAUUUUCUGAUCUUUGGUUUAGCUGUUGCUGAUCUGCUAGUUGGACUUUUCGUUAUGCCCUAUGCUGUUUAUGUUCAUGUGCAAGGUGGUUAUUGGUUUCUUGGGUCGAUGAUGUGUGAUAUAUAUUCAGCAAGUGAUGUAGCCUGUAGUACUGCAUCCAUUCUUAUACUUACAGUCAUUAGUUUUGACAGGUAUCGAGCAGUUACUCAUCCCAUAAGUUAUUCACAUAAAUCCCAUGACACAAGACGGGUUAUUUUCAUUAUGGCUGUCAUUUGGGUGAUUUCUCUUGCGCUUGCUAGUCCUAUGGUACUUGGUGUGAAUAUUCGACCAUCAGAUGCGGAUCCAUACGAAUGUCGCUUUUAUAAUCCAAUAUUUUCAAUAUCCUCAUCAAUUAUUAGCUUUGUCAUACCAUGUUUUAUUAUUCUAUUCGUUUACAUUAGGAUAAUGAUCGCUUUGCGCCACAGGCAAAAUUUAUCCAGAACACAGCACUGGCCAAUUUUACGGCCGUUAAAAAGAAUAGCAAAAGAAACGACAGCUGUCAGUAAUUUUGACUACAGCGGUCAAAAAGCGGUAACUGAGAUCGAAACAGCAGAAAUGUCAAGACCGGAGCUAACAAUCGAUUGUGAUGCAAACGAAUUAAAUAUGGGCAAAGAAAAAAAGAAAAAGUUGAAUGAUACACUUGCUAUGGUUUCAAAUAUAACUGCACUUUAUUCUCGUAAAAUUGGUAAAAAAAAUUCUAAAAGUGGAAUACGAAGGCAAUAUGACAGUUGCGGUGUAUAUAUGAAUAGAACUGUGAAUGAUGGCGCUGAUAUGAUUAAAGUGGAUGAUAGUGAUAUUUCAGAUGAAGUGAUUUCUAAUAAAGAAUUUCUCGUGCGAAUGCUAGAAAGAUUGGAUUGUAAUGGUAUGCCUUGUCCUUGCAGACAGCUUACUUUAAGAACCGAACAAGAUAUUCCUCAUGAUAGAGAAUCAGUAAUCGAUAGAGACGAACUUACACUUCAAGAAGAAAAAGAGGAAACAAAUGACAACGAAGAGCAUCUCUUCAAUGCUAAUGCAGUUGAAUCUGUUGAGCAAGAAAAAGAAAAGGAGCAGUUGAAACAUGGCGCUAAAUUUGUUGCUCAGAAACUUUUAGAUAGUGAAUUGACAUCCAAAGAAAAUGAUUUUAAAAUAAAGCAAUGUGGUGGACAAAUGGACUCAAAGCGAGUUGAAAAGAUUGAAUGGCAUGAAACGGAAAAUAUUGGAAAGGAUUCUGAUAAUCUUGGUAAAACAAUUAGCAAAAGCUGGAAAGAAUGGUGCAUUUUAUCGAGGAAACUUCCACGCUUAAUUUCAAGUGAUUUUAAAAGACCAUUAAAUCGUGGUAACAGCUUAUCCGGAAGACAUUGCGGCAGAACUCAACGAAUGGAGAAGCGCGCUACAAAGACGCUCGGUAUUGUUGUUGGUAUGGUACUUUUAUUUUGCAUAUCAUGA